CAUCUCUCCGGUCGCACCAUGGGCAAAUGGUCUGUGCUGUGGACAUAGGGCGCCGUACAUCGCUAAACAACCUUCCUUUUUACAGGACGCUAGAGCACCACGAUGAAGUUCUUCGCAACAAGAUCAAAAACAUGGCGUGAGCACUGGCGCAGGCCACAUUGGUCACCUUCCCAGACUGACAACGAUGUAGCCAAGGAGCGGUCAAGCGGAUGAGCAUGGAGAAGGAAAGCCCUUCAAUUACGUAUGAAGCUUUCGUAGAGGACCUAGACGAAGGCGACGCCUUUACGGCGUCUCUAUUUGACAUCCUGGUCAAGGAACUGGCGGAGCGUCGAACGCGGCCUGACCCUGCCGACCGACGCUUUAUAUCUGAACGAACCGCCAAGGCAUUAAACAUGCAGGCUGCAUCCCGCAUCUAUAACACCGCCCACAGCAGUCGCCGAAGUCGGACGGCUCGACGCAGCCUCCCCGUACUCCCCCCGCGAUACAGCGCUUUCCAUGACGCUCUUUCCGAAUCAGAUGGUGACGAAGACUACGGCACCGCGCUCAACAAUCCGGGGCCCUUCGAAGGAGCGAGGAUCAAUACCGAUCUAUACGAUGCGUAUUUCCCGUCCACUAUCGACUUGCCUGCGACCCUAUCGCGCCGAACAACCUCGGACGUAGAGUCUCCUCCCCCUCUUCCCCCCAUCUCCUCAAUGGACCCGUCCAGCACUACUAGGAGACGGAGCAGUCCGCGUACACAGUCGCCUCCGACGGCUCGAUCCAUCUGGUACUCAGGCCUUGGCGGCGCUAGCUCCUCCUCGUUGACCCGGCAACCUACUAUCCGUCGCCCCUACCACUCUCGCACGACAGAUUUCAACGAGUUCACUUCUCGUCGCCGGUCUGCGAUAAGGAGCAACACCGCAGAAGAAGACGGCCCUCGCACGGACUCUGCGGAUACAGCGGUCAGACCGAGUUUAUUUGGGUCUCGAACCUCCUCCCUGGUGGAUGAAUCGUCCACGCACGGUAUCCGGUCAUGGUCAACUGCGCGCCGCCGUUCAAUAGCUACGCAACUUGGCCGUACCCACGGAGGCAACGCUGAAACGCCGUCCACCACGACUAGCGAAUGGCCAAGCGCGAGCUCAAGUACCCGCGGCCCUAGUUCAUCACAGCUAUGGUACUCCCUGACCUCUCCGCUUGUGCCCCCUCCCGCUUCUGUUGGUGCCCCUGGUCCAAGCCCUGCUGACAGCGACGGCGAGCGACCUCAAGUGGUUGCCCCUCGACUGCGGCGGGGCGGGCUUCGUCCCCCCGAAAUGGUGCUGGUACAUCAUCACGACACGACCCACCCUGACGGCUUUCAUGUCCUUCCACCCCCAUCUGCUACGGUACCCGUUUCCGGAGGCUCUGAAUCCCCACCCCAGUAUGACGGCGUGACUAUGUUGCACAGUACGGACCCGUCGGCGGAUGAUUCGCGGUAGAUUGGUGUUGUAUCGGUUUUUGUGUCCAUGUAGCUCUACUUCCUCCCUGUACUACGCUAUCGGUCUCGCUGUUAUGCCAUGCGC